UCUGUCGACCCCCAUCGUUCUCCCUCCCCGCCACACUCUUUGCUCCGCAGCUCCUAUGGCGCCUCCUUGCUCAAAACCCUAGCUCGGGAUUCUCCCCUCCCGCUCCCCGCCCAUCCGCUACCACCGGCUCCCCCUUCUCCCCGCGGGGGCCAGGUGCGGGCAUGGAGCACCACCACAAGCCCGGCCUGCGCGUGCGCCUCCGCAUCACCGCCGCGCGGCGCCGCGCGUGGCUCUCCGCCGGCCUGCGCUCCACGUGCCGCAAGCCGCCGCGACGCGACCCCUCGGACUCCGUCCACAAGGUCGCGCGCCGCGAGAUCGGCGGCGGCCACCGACGGCCCCCGCGGCCCGCGGCGCCCUCCUCCUCCUCGUUCUCGUGCCCCGAGAAGUUCCGCAACUUCCAGCUCCAGGAAGAAUAUGACACAUAUGAUGAUGAAGUCCAUUUUCUUGUCCAGUUGCCAUUUUUGUGGACUAGAACCAAAAUUAUUGAAAUUGUUGCAGCAAAGGAUGUUAUUUUUGCACUUGCCCAGUCAGGUUUAUGUGCUGCAUUUAAUCGAACAACAAACAAGCGCAUAUGCUACUUGAAUAUAAGUCCUGAUGAAGUUAUUAGGAGCUUGUUUUAUAAUAAGAACAAUGAAUCCCUCAUCACUGUUUCAGUUUAUGAAUCAGAUCGUUUCAGCUCGUUGAAGUGCAGAACAACUCCAAUAGAGUACAUCAGAAGAGGCCAAUUGAAUGAUGGAUUUCCUUUAUUUGAAACUGAAUCAUUAAAAUAUCCUGGCUUUGUUGAGUUUGAUGAUGUUAAUGGCAAAGUAUUGACCUUUUCGGCGCAGGAUAGUACAUACAAGGUUUUUGAUCUAAAGAACUACAACUUUCUGUAUUCCAUAUGUGAUAAGAACAUCCAGGAGAUAAAAAUAAGUCCUGGAAUCAUGCUCGUGAUAUACCAGAAGACAAAUUGCCAUGUUCCACUGACGAUAUUGUCAAUUGAGGACGGUACUCCGCUGAAAACCUUCAGUCAGUUGCUGCAUCGAAAUAGAAAGGUUGACUUCAUUGAGCAGUUUAAUGAGAAGUUGCUCGUGAAGCAAGACAAGGAAAAUCUCCAGAUUAUUGAUGUUAGAAACUCCGAUCUGAUUGAAGUCAACAAAACCGAGUUCAUGACCCCCUCAGCAUUCAUCUUUCUCUAUGAAAACAAUCUAUUCUUGACAUUCUGCAAUAGGACAGUUGCAGCCUGGAAUUUCCGUGGAGAGCUAGUUACAUCAUUUGAGGAUCAUGAGUUAUGGCACCCUAACUGCAAUACAAAUAAUAUAUACAUCACUGCUGACCAGGACUUGAUUAUCUCAUAUUGCAAAGUUUCAAAGCAGGCCACGGAUUGUGCUGACAGCGAGGCUGGAGAAGUUUCAUCCAUGGGAUCAAUUAACAUGAGCAACAUCUUUACGGGAAAGUGCGUUGCGAAGAUCUCCCCCAGUGAUCCUACUCUCACAAUUGCUCCUCGAAAGAGAGGUGAUAAGAGCAGAUCUACUAUCCAUAGCACUGUUUCGGAAGCUCUGGAGGACAUCACUGCUCUCUUCUACGAUGAGGACCGCAAUGAAAUUUACACUGGGAACAGCAAAGGGCUGGUGCAUGUCUGGUCAAAUUAACCUUGAUAUCCACCCCCAUCCUUGUACAUACCUCUUGUACCUUGUUUCCCCGUAUAGAGCAAAAAUGUAAUGCUCAUCCUGUCUGAUUAUAGUGGUACUGUAACUUAGACAAGAUAUCAUUGGUAGAAUAAUCUGAAUGUAGAGUAUGUUUUCGGUUAAUGUAUUUUGGCGAAAAGGUUCUUCACA